UCUUUUUUUUUUUGUUUUCGUGUUGGACUGGAUGGGAGGGAGCAGCAGCCUCAGUACCAGGCACCGCUCUCCCUCAGUACUGACUGGAUAGAUAGAUAGAGGAGGAGGCUGCUACAUGCUGCCGCCGCCGCUCCUGCUCCUGCCUUUUGUCGUAGAGGGACUUUUCUUACCGCGGCUACACUUGAGCCAGACGGAUAUUCUUCUUUUUUUUUAAUUUUUCCCCCCCUUCUCCAUUUUUUUUUGUGUUUUGUUUUCCACACGGAUUCCGAAGGUGGAAAUUUAAGCAGUUAAAAGCGGGGCGUACAAAUGUACUCACUACACGAGGGCAGCGGUCUGUUCCUGCUGGCGGUCUUGGCAGGACUGCAGAUUACAGCAGAGGGCAGGGGCACCCCACCAUGCAGGCCAGGCUUCUCUGAAGAUGUAUACAAGGUUGUGGUGCCAGAUAUCACGGAGAAAGGACAGCCCCUUUUCAACGUGAGGUUUGUCGACUGUGGCCGAGGUGGUCUGCUGCGGUUUGAAUGCAGUAACCCAUCAGACUUCCGGAUAGAGGCCGACGGAGUAGUUUAUGCUGCCAGGAGUAUUCAGCACUCUACUCUCCCCGCAUUGCCGGUGUUGAUCAAGGCCAGCGACACCACCACUCAGCAGGAAUGGGUGACUCAAGUCAGGCUGAUGCCCUCCACACACUCCAGCCAGCAGGUCGAGGAAGUUGCUGUCCCUCCAGUCAUGUCCAAGGAUUUGAGGGAAAUAGCAUUUCCAUCACGAAACACAGACAGCCAACUGAAACGCAUGAAGAGAGACUGGGUCAUCCCCCCAAUCAAUGUCCCAGAGAACUCACGAGGCCCAUUCCCGCAAGAGCUUGUCCGGAUCCGGUCUGACCAUGACAAAAGCCGCUCCCUCAGAUACAGUGUGACAGGCCCUGGAGCUGACCAGCCUCCCACCGGCAUCUUCAUUAUCGACCCGAUCUCUGGAGAGCUAUCUGUCAACAAGCCCCUGGACCGAGAGCACAUCCCCAACUUCCAUCUGAGAGCUCACGCAGUGGACCUGAACGGCAACCAGGUAGAAAACCCUAUUGACAUUGUGAUCAAUGUGAUCGACAUGAACGACAACAGACCAGAGUUCACUCACCAGAUUUGGAACGGCACUGUUCCAGAGGGUUCCAAGCCAGGAACAUUUGUUAUGACCGUGACAUCUGUUGACAAAGACGACCCCAAGACAGCUAAUGGGAUGCUGCGCUACAAGAUCCUGUCUCAGAACCCAGAGAGUCCAACCUCCAAUAUGUUCACCAUCAACAAUAAAACAGGAGGCAUCAUUACUGUGGCGGCAGGCCUGGACAGAGAGAAAGUGCCUCAGUACACACUGAUCAUCCAGGCCACUGACAUGGAGGGCAACCCCAUGUACGGCCUCUCCAACACAGCCACUGCUGUCAUCAGAGUCACUGACAUUAACGACAACCCACCAGAGUUUACUUCUGAGACGUUUUUCGGCGAGGUGCCUGAAAACCGUGUGAAUGUCAUUGUGGCCAACCUGACGGUGACUGACAAGGACCAGCCCAACACGCCUGCCUGGAAUGCUGUCUACAAAAUCACCGGGGGCGACCCCACCGGCAGGUUCUCUGUGCCCACUGAUCCGACCACUAACGAGGGCCUGGUAACAGUCGUCAAGCCUAUCGACUAUGAAAUCAGUAGGACGUAUGUGCUGACAGUGGAAGCAAGGAAUGAGGUUCCCCUGGCCAGAGGCAUCCAUUCUCCUCGUCAGUCCACCGCCACCGUCUCCAUCAGAGUGAUGGAUCUCAACGAGAGUCCCUACUUCGAGCCCAACCCCAAACUCAUUAGACUGGAGGAGGGAAUGUUGCCCGAGUCAAUGCUGACCACGUUUACUGCACAGGACCCUGAUCGCUUCAUGCAGCAAAGCAUCAGAUACUCCAAGCUCUCAGAUCCAGCCAACUGGCUAAGGAUUGACCCGAAUACUGGCCGUAUCACAACAAUUGCCAUUUUGGACAGAGAGUCACCAUUUGUGAAGAACAGUUUGUACAAUGCAACAUUCCUGGCUACUGACAGCGGUGUACCUCCAGCAAGUGGCACAGGUACUCUCCAGAUCUACCUGCUGGAUAUCAACGACAACGCUCCCAAGGUUUUCCCACAGGAGGCAGAGAUAUGUCAAAAACCAGAGCCAAAUGCCAUCAACAUCACUGCGGUUGAUGGAGACCUGAACCCAAACGCUGGGCCUUUUGCCUUUGAAUUAGCCCACCGGCCCGCUGAUGUUAGGAGAAACUGGACCAUCACAAGAAUCAGCGGUGACUAUGCUCAGAUGAGCCUGAAGAUUGGCUUCCUUGAAAGUGGUAUCUAUGAGAUCCCAAUCAUAAUCACAGACUCAGGCAACCUGCCUAUGUCCAACACCUCCUAUCUGCGGAUUAAAGUGUGCCAGUGCGACAUCAAUGGGGACUGCACUGACCAGCAGCACAUCAUGGCUGCCGGCCUGGGCACUGGUGCCAUCAUCGCCAUUCUCCUCUGUAUCAUCAUUCUUCUCAUUCUCGUGCUGCUGUUUGUGGUGUGGAUGAAGCGUCGCGAUAAGGAACGGCAGGCCAAGCAGCUUCUCAUCGAUCCCGAGGAUGACGUGAGAGACAACAUUCUCAAGUACGAUGAGGAAGGUGGAGGAGAGGAGGAUCAGGAUUACGACCUGAGCCAGCUCCAGCAGCCGGACACGAUAGAGCCUGAUGCCAUCAAGCCGGUUGGAAUCCGCCGUCUAGACGAGAGACCCCUCCACCCUGAGCCACAGUACCCCAUGAGGUCAGCAGCACCCCACCCCGGAGACAUCGGAGACUUCAUCAACGAGGGACUGAAGGCAGCAGACAACGACCCCACCGCUCCUCCCUACGACUCCCUGCUAGUGUUCGACUACGAGGGCAGCGGCUCCACAGCCGGCUCCCUAAGCUCCCUCAACUCCUCCAGCAGCGGGGGCGACCAGGACUACGAUUACCUCAACGACUGGGGCCCUCGCUUUAGAAAACUGGCAGACAUGUACGGUGGAAGUGAUGAGUAGGACACACAGCCACUCCUCGAAGGAUGAAAAAGAUGAGGAAAAAAAAAGAGGAAAAAAGAGAGAUUUCCUGUUGAUGGACAUGGACAGCUUCUGAUAUUCCCUGAGAGACGGAACUGUGACAGAAAAGAAACAAAAAAAAUAAACAAUGAUUCAGAAAUUUUUUUCAAAAACAACCAACCUAGGCUUAUUGUUGUAGUCUACGCAUACAUAUGCUUGUUGAAAGCUUAGGCAUAGGCUGUGGUCCAGUUAUGGCGGAUGUGGGAGGGAACACUGGUGGACUGUCACCACUUGGAUUGUUGGUAUUGAAUGCGCUCAGUUACACUUGAAUUUCACAGUACAGAAGCACUGGGAUAUAAUGUGCCUUUUUGUACAUUUUUUUGGAUCUAAAUGAUUAGUUUUAUGUUCAAGGCUUUAAUGGUACUGACUUUUGGAGUGAUUUCAAACAAAGUAUGUUACACUCUGGUAUGCUUCUACAUGCUUUUUUUCUUUGGUUACACAAUGCUCCUGUUUGUUGAAGAUUAUUUAAAUAAACUACAAAGACGAAGAAAUGAAGGAUCACCUGUUAGCUUGGAUUGAAGGAAAAACAAUUAAGAGCAGCACUGUACAGUACGCUAGACUUCUAGACUUUUUCACUAAAAAAUUAAAAUUAUGCAGCUGGUUGCAAAUAAAGGGAGUUAUGAAUCAUACUUUUGUAGCAGAUUUUUUUCCUUUUUUUUCUGAAGUGAUGUAGUAUUUUACAAAAACAACAAAAAAAAAAUGUUCUGGUCUAAUCUAUGUACACUUCAUUUUGCCUUAGUCAUCAUCUGAUAUUUUCAAGUUUUACUUCACUGUAAAAAGAUGUGUGUACAUAAUGUUUUUGUUUUUUUUUCUUUAUCUUUUUUUUUUUCUUUUGAUGUAGUAUAUGAAAAAGUGCAAAAAGUUCCAAACUUGUAAAUGUAUAAUUUGGACUACAAAUUCAAGUUUUUUGCAUGUUUUUAUCUUUUCAUGACGGCAAAAAUGGAAGAAAAAAAAAAUGUUGUUUCCCAAAUUUAUUUACAAAGUGAAAAAAAAAUAAAAAUAAAAAUCUGGGUGACAUUAAAUGUGUAGAAGUUAAGAGAGUUUUUUGUAUAAAACAUGAAAAAAAAAAAACACAUAGAUAAAAAUUGAAAAGUAGUGAUCUUGUCAGCACAACUGUUGAAUUUGUACCAAAAAGGGGGAGGGCGGGGUGGGAUGACACGCUAGGCACUAAUUACUGAAUCAGCUUUAAGACUGGAAAAGGUUUUGGACUUAAGCCUUGUGGAUAACCAUGUGUACUGGAAAACAAAUUAUACAUCUCUGACCCCAACCAUCCAAAUAAAAUGCUAAUUUUGGAGCUAA